AAAUAAUUCCUUAUGCUCAUCUGCAGGCAUUGCAGAAGUACAUAGUUAAGGAUAAAAAAGGAGACAGAAACUUCAAGCGAAAUUUCUGAUGGCUGUAGUGAGGCUAGCUGUGGCGCUGGCGUCGGCGCUGGCGGCGGCGGGAGCGGCGCUGAGCCCGAGCGUCCACUACAUCAAGUCUCCCAAAGGGAACUUCUUCAUGGCUCCUGGGAAGACCAUCCCGGACGCGGACGUGGCGGAGACCCUGCCGGCCUCCAGCAUCUGCAACUGCAAGAGCAUGUGCUUCGUGCGACUCUCGUGCCUGGCUUGGUCCUUCAUCAACCUCACCGACGGGACCUCUGAGUGCAGGUUGGCCGACGCAGGCCCUUCGGGGCACUUGGUCGAGAACAACACGGACGCCGUCUAUUUCUUCUUGCAAGCACUGUCACCUCCGAAGAGUGGAUUGAUGGGAAACACCAAGGAAAACUUUUUCGUGUCCAGCACUCGAGGUGCUAAGGUCAGUCUAGCCUUUGGCCCUCAGGGCUGGUUGACUGGACCCUGCACCCAGCACUUACCGAAGACAUAG